ACGCCGUGUUAAAGUAUGAAAAGUAGUACCUUUCAACGCAACGAUACACGUACGUUGGUAAGGUGGGCGGGUUAUACAGCCUUCUAAACAGAAAGAAAUGUUGGUGUGAUAAGUAAUUGUGAUCCUAUUUUCCUGAUUUUUGGAGGCAUAACGGACGUGAAUACAAGACAAACAAUCAAAUAUGAGUCGGUAUAAAGAUGAAGAUCCCGAUUGUAAACCAUACAGUAGACAUAGUCAAAGACAUCCUUUGCCCCAUGAAUAUGAUUCAUAUGGUUAUCCUGGAUCACACAUGGCGACUGCUAGCAGAAGUUUUCGAGGCGGAAGCUUCUCACAAUCUCAAAUGCAAGGUCAACUUCAACGGUCUACUGAAGCAAGCAAGCAAAUGUUGUACGGCACAUUCGGAAACCUGAUUGCGAGCUUAGAAGAAUUUGAGCAAAGAGAGCUAAAAGAACAGGGAACUUCAAAACGAUUAAGUAGAUCAAAUAUUGCGAUACCUGAUCAAAGACAUAAAAAGUUUGCAGAUGUGAAGAGCAAUGUAGAAACACAAAUUCUUCUGUUCGAAGCACAAUCAAAGGCAUGUCCGCCUGAGGUUAGAGCAGCACUGUUAGAAGAUCUAAAACGCAAAACAAUAGCAUGGGCAGCUGUACGUUCGGAAAAGGGCCUACCUGAAAAUCAGGAGACAGAUCGUUACAUAUCAAAGGUAUAUGAAAUUCUUGCAAAGGGAAGAACAGAUCAUGACAUACCAUCAAGCAAAGGUAUUACUGAAGGUGUUAUGCGAGAUAGUUUCCAGGCUAUUAUAUAUGGUGAUCAUGACCGUCAAGAACUUGACCGGUCUUUUAAAAGGGACUCGCACAAAAAAGCCAGAGCGCCCGAUACAAGGCAUAGCGAGAUGUAUGAUGAAGCGGCAAAGAGAAUCUCUCGAGCACGUGGAGGAUCUGGCCUUGAAUCCUAUCUUCAAGAUGACGUCCGAAGAAUGAGGGAUUAUGGACCGAGUGACUUGAAGUAGAAUGACGUCAUCUUUAUACUUAAGACUUCAAACGCUUGUUUAAACUUAUUGUUUUCAUUUGUUUACAUACAUACAGUUUUGUGGUUAUUAUAGAAAAAAAGUAACACUAACUAAUAGAAAUGAAGUGAUAUCCGUUUGUUUUAUUUCAUUGACGGUUCCAUAUCAUCACCAUACGUGACUGAUAUGAUGCAAUGCUGUAUGUGAUUUUUAAUGUCUUGAACAUAUCAUGAAUUGUUGUUUUCUUAAUGCAUUGCUGUGCACUGUGUUGUAAAUAUGUUUUAUUGUAUAUCUUUUUAUUCUUGAAUCAAUUUGAAACAAUCAGUUUUAAAUUUUCUCAAUAAAUGUCGAAGUGGGCGUUCUUAAUAAUGUGUUAGAAUGCAAGAGAUCCUUCUGAAGCUGACGCUGAGUUUAAAACGAUGUCUGCGCUUGUAUUGCUAAUGGUUUUUUCCUAUUUAUAGCUGGAUCUUUCAAUAUUUGAAUAAUAAACAUAAAUCAUUGUCCAGGAAAA